UGAUUCAUAUCCUCUCCUCUGCUGUCCAUUCGGACUUUGGGAAAGUGAGCUAGCUCAGCUGGGCCUGGGCGGGCUUUGUGAAUGAAACUACUAGUAGUAGGAGCAGGAGUGCUCGUAAUAAUAUAUAAGCAAGCAAACAAGGGCACCGCAAGUAUCGCGCUCUGCUCAUCGAUAACUCAAUAAGUCCAAGCCCUACACUACACCCCACGGAUCGAUUAGCUAGAGUGCGAGUGCAAGUAAAGUAAGGUGGUUAGCUAUCGAGUGAUCUGAUCAUCGCCAUAUAUACCAUCCAUCAAUCAUCAUAUAUAUAUAUUACCUGGUUGCUGCCAUGCAUGCCAUUGAGAUUGAGGUAAGCCAUCAUCAGUGCUUCCUACUAAUCCUCUCUUGAGCUUAAUUACUAGACCGAACGACCGUCGACACAUCGAGGGAUGCCCCUCGCCGGAGCCGCGCCUCAGCAGCAGCAGCAGCAGGAGACGGCCGACGGGACACUACACCAAGACCUGAGACUAGUCGCCGACGGCAGCAAGCACCAGUCCUACUCCCACUCCCACCUGCAGGAGCUCGGCCCCUUGCCCCAAGCCCCGCUGCGACUGCGAGCACCAGCCCGCCGCCCACCACGCUGUCUUCGCCCCUCGGCAUCGACGACGUGGCGGCCUUCGCCAAGAGCGUCUCCCCGCCCACAUGGGACGACGACGACGACGACGACGACGCAGCCGGGAGGGAGGACUGGGUCCACCACCUCCCGCCCCUUGACAUGCACAUGCCGCCGCUCGGCCUCGGCGCACCAGAGGCCGCCUGGGAGGCCCACGCGCAGCCUCCUGGUGCCCUCUCGCAGUCGCAGUCGCAGGGCCACGACACCACCUUCCUCGGCUGGAUCAUUGGCGCCGGCGCCGACGACGUCGCCAUGCCGUUGCCGGGCGUCAUGGACGACCAAUCGCUUCUUCACGACCUCGACCACAUACCCUCCUCCUCCUCCUCGCCGUUCCAGCCGCACGCCGCGUUCCCGCCCUUCGUCACGCCGCCCAACAAGCUCCCCCUGGUGCCCGCGUCGCCUCCCAAGCAGACGCCUCCCGCCGGCCUCCUGAAACCCAAGCCGGAGGCACAGGGGACCGACGACGCUGCCACGGCGGUGGACCAGCUCGCCGAGGCCGCCAGGCUUGCCGAAGCCGGCGACGUCCUCGGCGCCCGCGAGAUACUGGCGCGGCUCAACUACCUGCUCCCGCCCGCCGGCGCCACGGCCACGCCACUGCUCCGCUCCGCCUUCUACUUCAAAGAGGCUCUGCGCGCUGCCCUCUCCACCACCACCACCGCCGCCGCCGCCGACGCCUCCUCCUCGCCCGUGGACGUGCUCCUAAAGCUCGGCGCCUACAAGGCCUUCUCCGAGGUCUGCCCCGUGCUCCAGUUCGCGCACUUCACCUGCGUCCAGGCCGUGCUCGACGAGCUCGGCGGCGCCGCCUGCAUCCACGUGCUCGACUUCGACAUCGGCGUCGGCGAGCAGUGGGCGUCGCUCAUGCAGGAGCUGGCGCGCCGCCGUCCGGGCCCCGGCCCCACGCUCAAGGUCACCGCAUUGGUGUCCACGGCGUCGCAGUCGCACCACCACCACCCGCUGGAGCUGCAGCUGGUCCACGAGAACCUGUCCAACUUCGCCGCCGAGACCCGCGUCCCGUUCCAGCUGGCCUUCUUCAACCUCGACGCCAUGGACCCCGCGGAGCUCGUCUCCAUCGCCGCCGGCGACGCGGUCGCCGUCCACCUUCCGGCCGGCUCGGUGCACACCCCCGCGGUGCCAUCCGUCCUUCACCUCGUCAGGCGCCUUGGCGCCAAGCUUGUCGUUUCCGUGGACUACCGCAGCUGUGACCGCGGCGAGCUGCCCUUCGCCGCGCACCUGUUCCAGGCGUUCCAGUCCUGCGUCUUCCUGCUCGAGUCCCUGGACGCCGUCGGCACGGCCGCCGACGUCGCCGCCAAGAUCGAGCGCUUCUUGAUCCAGCCGAGGAUCGAGAGGUGCGUGGUGGAGAGGUACCGCGCGGCCGCGGCGGGAGACAAGACGCCGCCCUGGCGGGCAAUGCUCGCGUCGGCCGGCUUCGUGCCGGUGCAGGCAAGCAGCUUCGCGGAGGCGCAGGCGGAGUCGCUGCUCAAGAAGGUGCCCGUGCGGGGCUUCCGCGUCGAGAAGCGCGCCGGCUCGCUCGUCCUGCAUUGGCAACGCGGAGAACUGGUCUCCGUGUCCGCCUGGAGAUGCUAGCACUAGCACCUCACCUGCCCCGCCGCUGGAUCUGGAUGGAGCAAUCGCCGCCCGUGCCGUCAGACCAACUUAAUUAAGUAGGCUAGUUAGGACUAAUGAUCCUAACAAUAUUUCUGCUGCUGCAUUGAUCUGAUCGUCCAAAAUUACCCGCCACGUCAGUCUGUGUCACCUUGCUGCUCAAUCUGCCUUGCCAUGCUGCUUGAUUUAAGUAGAUUGUUUGGCACAUGCAAGGUCUGCUACAUUGGUAUAUGACUGUUACCAGUGUAUUUUAGUACUCAUGUUCAUGGUUUUCUACAUGUAUCUUAGAUAGAAUCCACAAGACUGCUCACUCUUGUACAAUCAAAUGGUUAUAUGGUGUAUGCAAUGUUUUCCACUCAGGCAUUAGAUGUUUGUUUUCUGUGAAGUUCCUGAUCAUGAGAUUU